AUGUCUGACUUUCCUCCACCACCAGUUGAUACCAUCGAUUGGAGCAACGUAGGCUUCAAGAUCCGAGAAGUUGCUGGCCAUGUCGAAUCACAUUACUCUGUCGAGACUGGAAAAUGGACGCCUCCAGUUUUCGUCGAAGACCCUUACCUCCGUAUCCACGGCAUGGCGCCUGGUCUGAACUACGGCAUGCAGUGCUACGAGGGAAUGAAGGCGUUCCGGGCGCCAAACAACACCAUCAACAUCUUCAGGCCAAACAAGAAUGCCGAGCGUAUGCAGCACUCUGCUUCAUUCAUUUCCAUUCCAGAGGUGCCGACAGACCACUUCCUUGCUUGCUGCAGCCUGGCUGUAGGCAUGAAUGCAGCCUAUGUACCACCCCAUGAGACGGGUGCAGCCAUGUACAUCCGGCCAUUGCUCUUCGGAAGUUCUGCACAGCUCGGUCUGAACCCUCCACAAGAAUACACCUUUGUCGUCUACUGUAUCCCAACCGGUGUCUACCAUGGAUCCAACCCCGUGGACGCUGUCAUUCUCGAAGAUUUUGACCGUGCUGCUCCUGAAGGUACCGGAUCAGCAAAGGUUGGCGGAAACUACGCUCCAGUAUUGAGGCAUAGCGAGAAAGCAUACAAAGCUGGCUACGGCAUCACUCUCCACUUGGACAGUAAGACUAGGAGUGUAGUUGACGAGUUUUCCACAUCAGCCUUCAUUGGCGUGAAGAAGGAUGGCGACAAAGUCAAGCUCGUCGCCUCUAACAGCAAAAACGUUAUCCAGAGUGUCACUGGAGAUAGUGUUUUGAGAAUUGCCGAGUCUUUUGGGUGGGAAGCUGAGUCACGCGAGAUUGCUUACGACGAGCUGAGCACUUUCGAUGAAGUUCUUGCUGCCGGAACUGCCGCAGCUCUAGUUCCCAUCAAGUCUAUCACUAUGCAGUCCAGGGGUGACAAGUUCACCUAUGCAGAAGCCCAGCAAGAACCAGGCCCAGUAUGCAAGAAGCUUCUCACAACUCUCAAGGGAAUCCAGCAGGGCAAGAUUGGAGACAACAAGAACUGGCUUUACAAGGUUGAAAGACCAGAGCAGUUUGGAAAGCAAGACCAGACGAACGGUGCCAAGAUUGUUGGACAGCUGCCGUAA